UAGCUGGCUAUUGGCUAGCUUUGGAAAGUAAAUAAGAAAAUAAAAAAAUCCUCAUAAACUUGAUUCUACCUAGAUUUUUUUCAAGAUCUAUUUCAUUUAAGCUUAGAAUUCUUAUUCUACUAAAAAAAAAAACAAUUUGUACUUUUCGAAAGUGUCCCUCUUUCAUCAAAAGUAAUAUUUGUAUCCAGUCCCCAAAUAAAGGUCGACAUACCAAAUCCAAGAUGGCGGAAGAAUUAGCGUCGAAAUUGCCAGUAUUUAUUUUUUCUUGAUUCUUAAUGGCACAGUGGUGUACAGAUUGUGAUUUUGCUAGCAAGGUUGCUCAGUCCUGUUGUGACUUAUACACCAAACUUGGGAAAAAAGGAAAACCUCAGACAGGAAAAGAAUGGACACUUUUAGCUGCUGUGGUUCAAGUUCUUCAACGCAAAGAAGGUGGUUAUACCUAUAAUAUAAUCUCCCUUGGAACUGGAUCCAAAUGCAUUGGACAGAGCAAGCUAGAUCCCAAAGGUGGUGUUCUCAAUGAUAGCCAUGCUGAAAUCAUUGCAAGAAGGGGAUUUGUGAGAUAUGUAUACAAUCAAGUCAAGGAAUGCUAUGGUGAAGGCAGUGGGAUUUUCACCUGUGACAGUGAUACCAAUCUCUGUAAAUUAAAAGAGGAUGUCACUUUCCAUUUAUUCACAUCGCAUACUCCUUGUAAGUUAAAAAAUCCUUCAGGUGGUGAUGCAUCAAUAUUCCCAAAAUCAAAUGAUGAGACCAAUGCAGCACAAACUGGACAGUAUUCAUCUCACAAAAGAAAAUAUCAAAAUGAGCAGAAGAAUGCUAAGCGGCAGUGUGACAGCUUGACACAGGCCCAGGGAUGUGACAGACUUAAGGAUCCUCCCUCAGAUAGACAUUUAGAUGCAAGUAAAAAACAGAGUAUGAAUGUAGCCUCUACAAGCCUUAUAGCAAAAAAUGCCUUAACAAAUACUUCUAUGGAAACAGCAAGCUAUGCAGAUGUUCCUCAUUCAGUUUCCAUGACAACAGAAAACAGUUGCUUAGCAACCAUCACAUCUGGAAACUUAAAUGAUAUUCAUAGAACAGGUGCUAAGUGCGUACCUGGUGAGCCUCAGGAUCCACUACUUGCUGGGGUAAAUUAUCAUGUGACUGGAAUUCUGCGGACUAAACCAGGCCGUGGUGACCCCACCCUUUCCAUGUCUUGUAGUGAUAAGAUACUAAAAUGGAAUAUUCUGGGCAUUCAAGGUGCACUGUUGUCGCAUUUCCUUGCUGGUCCCGUGUAUUUAUCGUCCAUAAUUGUUGGGAAGUGUCCUUAUGAUGUUGUUGCUAUGGAAAGGGCAUUAUAUGGCCGUGCAGGAGACAUGUUUCACAGAAGUGAACUGCCUUCAAUGUAUAGAAUGAAUAAGCCAAGGUUAUAUAACACAGGUGUUGUGUUCAAGGAUAGCAGAGAAAGUCUACAAAGAGCUGUUACUGAGCAGACAUCACCAUCUUCUUCAGCAAUUAUUUGGAUUAGCAACCCUGCAUGCCAUGAGGUGUCAGUGAAUGGCACCAAGCAAGGUGUUACCAAGGCAGCACUGAAUACUACCAAGGCCAGGGUAUCUAUUUGCAAGGCAUCAAUGUUCCAGGAUUUUGGUUUCAUAUUAAAGGAAUUUCCUCACAAAUACCAAGAAUUAAUAAGCUGUAAUAACCUGCCACCAUAUAAAGACUGCAAGAGGGCUGCAACUGCUUACAAUCAGGCCAAAACUCUUUUCUUAACUGCCUUUCCUUGUUGGACUAAAAAGCCAUUGAAUUGGAAUUUUACCAUAGAACUAAAGGACUAAAAAGUUUAAACACACAGACAAUGCAACAACAGGAUAUGAUAAAUGAGACAACUUUUUAUUUGUAAAGUUUUAAGACCCCCAAGUUACAGAAAACCACAUAAAGACAAUAGUGACACUUUUUUUUCUGAGAGAAGCCCCAAAAAUGCCAUUCCUACCUUUCUAAGAAACAGAAAAAAUCACAAACAUUGUAUCAACUAUUAAUUUAUAGUUUUAAACUAGAAAAAAGGGGUGAUAAUUAAAACUAUUUACAUUUUCUGAUA